GUUUCGACAAACUAAGCGUGUCCCUUCAUGGCUUCCGUAUUCCGGUUGUUUUGUUUUUGUAGUGCCCGUGGUUAGCUUCUCCCCGUAGGUCGUAAAAGGAAGAAAAUUAAAUGUUCCUGUCUGGCAAGUUUCAGAGGCAUAGCGAAAUAUAUUGCAAUAGAUUUAUUUAUCAAGGUUGGAGAAUAUGGUUGUGAAUCUCUGUCUUCCUCACUUUAGCACAACAGUUCACUGCAACAAGCUGUGUGCAGAUGGCUAUGACGUUACAAAUCUUGUGUCAGCGGACCCGUCUCUUCGAAAGCGAGGCUUCAAGCUGGAGUACUUUUUACGCCCGCCCCUACAGGUGACAUUAAAGUUUGGCUUUCCAGUAGAGCUCUGUCGAGUGGAUGUGGAGCUCUGGCCCUGGGGGUUGGACCGGGGCCAGGCCUGCAAGAAGCUUGAGAUCAGCACCAGUUCAGAUCUGAGGCCUUCCAGUGGCCCGGGACUGACYGAGCAACAGGAACAGAGCACAGAUCAGGAGAAGAGUCAAAAGGGAAAGAACGGACAAAAACAUCAGCAGGAUUGGCGUAAAUCUGGGCAGAGCAGUGGUCACCAGUGGAGUCUUCAGGCCCAACAGUGGGGUGAAGACGGUUCUGGACAAAGAGCCUCUGUGUUCAGGUCUCAGUCAAACACAGAGACCAGCAUUUCAGAGUCCGAGUUUAAACUGGUGGCUCGCUGUGAGCUCAGAGAAGAAACCCGAGUCUCUUUCAGACAUUCAAACUUUCGCCCUCGGGCGCCGUUUCUGUCUCCUCCUCCUCAGCCAGAGGACUGUYGGCAGGAGACCCUGUGGAGUCGGGGCCGGGCCUCACUGGGUGCUGUGACCCAGCUUCGGGUCACUGUGCCUGUUGGUGGUGCAGGAUCCUCUCUGGGACUGAAGACUUUAGCUGUGUGGGGGCAGCCUGCUCACUGCUGUCCGGCAGAAGAAGUGGAGAGGAUUCAAACAAUACAUGAGUCCAACGAACGCCGGGCGGCACAACCUGCAUUUUUUGCUCCAUCUGUCCGACAAAUCCCACAAACACUCCAGGAAACUCCCAGUCCUUCUAUCCCUGAAGAAUUUCUUGAUCCGAUUACACAGGAAGUGAUGACGCUGCCCAUGCUGCUGCCCAGUGGCGUGUCAGUGGACACCACCACCCUGGAAGAGUACCAGAAGAGGGAAGCCGGCUGGGGUCGACCGCCGAACGACCCCUUCACCGGCGUCUCGUUCACCGCAGCCUCCCGACCUCUUCCCAACCCCCAACUGAAGAGCCGCAUCGACCGCUUCCUCCUGCAGAACGGGUCGACGGGGAGGACCGGGGUGCUGGGGAGACGAGAGCCAGGAGAGAACCCGCACGCCUCGAGACUUGUCACGUCCGACAUCCACGGGCAAUCCCAGAGUUCUCUCUGUCUCGUUGAAACCUCACCAAACAGCGACGGUGUUCGGGGUAAAACUGACAGCAGAGACACAAGCGGGACUUUGGUGAAAAAAUACGAUUCUGGACUUUCGAUGGACAAACGGAAGAAACGAGAUUUAGGGGAAGUUUCAAACGAAUCGACACAAAAGGCAACAUCUGAUGACAAACUACUACCUCAAUUAAAAAGACCAAGAGAUCAUUCAGCUUCAGUCCCGAGCUGCAGCUCUCAUGAGCAGCUCCUGUCAGCCAGUCUGGAUGAGGCCCUCCUCUCUGCCCUGAAGGGCCGACCCUCCUUCACGUCAAACUUGCCCCAACAGAAGGAGAGUACCUCUGACUCCACGGAGCUGUGCCAGAGUUCAGGCUUUAAAAUCACCUCCGCAGGUGGAGAGAGAUGCUCGGCGUGUUCCUGUUCCGUCUCAGCUUACUCGACACCGUCGGUCUACCGCCUGCUCUGCGGUCACUUUCUCUGCCGUACCUGCCUGCAGGGAGAAUCGAAACAACCGAACUCCRCUUUCAAACGCACUUUAUGUUCGACCUGUCACAGUUUUACCCCUCACAGUAACAUUGUCCGUGUGCAUCACUGACAGAUGAAAGAAAAGCUCAAACCUUUUGUUGCCUCCUGUUAAAAUGAACAUCAUCUCCAAACAUGACAUAGUUAUUUGUCGUCGCCAAACUUGUCUAUUUUUGUGCCACCAUUUGUUGUGUCGAUUGUUUCGCAAGCAAUAAAACUGCGUCAAGUCCA